AGGUUAGUCAUUUGAUGUGAGAAUUGAAGUCUCUCUCAAACUUUACCUGCAAAUCGAAACCAAAUGAGCCGUUUGUAAACUGUGUAGUCUCUCCCAAGUCUCUCUCUCUCAACCAUAGUCUUCUUCCUUCUACAGUGAUAAACAGCAAAAAUGCAGCAUUCGAACUUAGCUGAUGAUUCAGAUUCAUGGCUUUCCACUGCUGCUGCUUCAUCUGCACCUAAUUCCAAUUUGAAUCGUGACCUCUUCAACGAUCUCGUUCAAAUUGUCCCUCUUGUUCAAUCCCUCAUUGAUAGUAAAGCUACUCGUUCGUCGUUUACUCGUCGUGGUUCCAUCAUUUACACUAAGACACCUGCAAGAGAAUCGUUGUUUAAAAAGGCAGUAGAUUCAAAAGGCAGGAAUGUUGCUCAAUCCAUUCCUGAUACAAAGAUAAGGGAUGAAGGAGCAAAAGAACAAGCAAAAAAUGGCAACAAUAAUUCUGAUGCUGAUGAUAGCUUUUCUAUGUUUUCUGGAAGAGCUUUUGCAUCAGAGAAGGACGCAGAAGAGUUAGCUACAUUGAAGGAAAAGAUGGAGGAACUUCAACUGAAAUUAAGGGAGAAAGAAGAACUUUUAAAGUCAGCAGAAAACUUGAGAGACCAGAUGAAUGCUGCUAGUGCAAAACUCGAUGAAAUGAAACACCAGGUUUCAGAAAAAGACGGUUCACUAAAGUAUACUCAACAACAACUAUCUGAUGCUAAGAUUAAGCUUGCAGAUAAGCAAGCUGCCCUUGAAAAGAUACACUGGGAAUUGAUGACAUCCAACAAGAAAGUGGAGAAACUCCAAGAAGAGCUAGAUUCUGUGCAAACAGAUAUUUCAUCAUUCACAUUGCUGCUUGAAGGCUUAGCAAAAACCGACACUGCUAAGUACUCCGAUGACUAUGACACAAAGCCUUAUGUAUUCAAUCAUGCACCUGAUAUUGAUAAUAUGGAUGAGGUGGAAUGCCAGAAAAUAGAAGAAGCAAGAAAAGCUUACAUUGCCGCAGUUGUUGUUUGCAAAGAAAAACGAGAUGAAGAAUCUAUUGCUGCAGCUGCUAAUACUAGGUUACAACUUCAGUCACUACUUUUCAAAUCCAAAAAUGCCAACCUGUGAUUUAACUAAUUUCAUUUAACAUGUUUACACGCCGGGUCCUUUAGUCAUGAAUGGUAAAGCACCUAUCGAGCGCGGGAGGGAGAGAUUUGUUUGUUUACAUGCUUGUUUGUGAGCAAAAUAUAAACUUGUGUCAUCUUAUGUAACAAAUCAAUAAUCUAGAGCUGUUCGACAAUUCAAAACGGCAGCAAACUCUUACUGUCAUGACUCUGAUUCCUUUUUCCUACUUCCCCUAUGUCUAUGUGUGGGCAUGUACUCAGCCUUUAGUCAAGUUGUCUUUUGGUUUCAUACUUUCUGUGUGGUCCAUAUCUUUGUAAACAAGCUGGACCUUAUGCUAUGCUUUAUUUCUGUAUAAAUUCUGUAGUUAAUUUCUUUUUGUAUAAGUUCUAAUGAAAAGGUGAAAACCUACUUGAUGCAUUUCUUCUGGAAAUGAAAUGCUA